UUCAAAUUGGCCCAAAUGCACAAAAAAUAUUGACAUACACGAUAAUUCUUGGCGUAAUUUGUAAUUUAAUUUACAGUCAUUAGAUUUCAACGGACACCUUUGUAUAAUAUAUUCACUUUAAAAAGGACUUUUCAUUUUACCGGUUUGGAAAACAUAUGAAUCAUUUUUAAUGGCUAUGGGUGUAGUAACAUUCAGCCAAAGACUGAUCGAAGUUGUUUAUAUAACAUAAAGACAAAUCUAUUUUGUAAAGAUCGAUAAAAUAAAUAUUUUUUUUACUACACUGUGGUAUUAAUAUCCACAACUAUAUUAUCAUUUUCACUACAUGCAAAUGUGCUCAGACAAUUAUUAUAGAUGGUAGGCGACAUCAUAAAGUCUAUUGCCAUACAUUUUUCGCCAAACACCUCCAUAAACACAUUAUAAUCUGUUUAGACUUUAAGGUAUCUAUUUAUGAGCCUACGUUGCCUGACUAUAAAUAAAUAAAAUUAUAAGGUGUGAUACACUAAAAAUCACACACACAAUCACAAAAAAAUGAAGCUACUGAAUAUAUGGCUAUAUAACCUAAACCUCUUAGCUUUCUUUGGUUAACGAGAGUUGAAAAAUUCUCUCUAAUCUGUGGCUCAUUCACAAUCAUCACAGUUUCUGUCACAGAGUACCUUAUAACCGGAAAUGCAUAUUGACACCUGAUUUUAAAAGUUACUCUUAUGCAUUAACUUUAAAAACAUGCAACUAUCUGUUAAUCUACAUGCUCUAUAUACCUGAAUCUAAUCCAUAAUUUCGGUACUUGGCUUGAUUUCCCUAGUUUACUAUAUAACUUAUUUGUUUUUUAUUAUUUUAAUAUGCUCAGUGUAUAUGGUUUAUAGAAGUUCUCAGGGGUGUCCGUCAAUAAUAUUAGUUUUUACAGUAAUUUAUAUAUAAUUUCGAAUCUAGGAAACAAUUUUUCAUGAUUAUUGGUCUUUAGGCCAAACAUGUAUGGAAGCUGAGCAAUCUCCUUUUGCUAUGAGAACUUGAUUUGUAUUUUUUUUUUAAUAUUUUUAAUAUUUUUUUAUAUUAUAUUAAAUAACUGAUAAGAACAAAAUUAAAAUACUGUGUUUCCAUUUCAUGCCCUAAUUAAUGCAGAAUAAUCGGUAAAAUGGACCAAAUUUCAGUAUUUUAAGGAAUUUUAAACUUGACCACGUGAGUUUCGGUUUCGGUUUCGGUUUCGGCCGAAACUGAAGCCACUGCCGAAUGUUCGGUUUCGGUUUCGGUUUCGGCCGGAAAACCAGUUUCGGUCGGACACUACUUAGAAUGAAAACCGAAGUUCCCUAAGCGACGCGUGUGGAACUGAAUUUUCUUUCAUUGAAUUUACGUCCUUCAAAUCUGUUUGUGUAGCUUUUGUAAAAUUGUUUUUUCGUAUAUAUAGUGAAGAGCUCUUCCACUGUUUCCUUUUGUUUAUUUGUUGUUAAUUUUUCUUUGUAUUUUUUAGAUAUAAAUGCUGAUUCAUUAUAUUUACAUAGUAUUUAAUACACCCGUGUGAAGCCGGGACGGGCCCUAGGUUUUUAUUAUAAUAAUAAGUCUCUAAUUAGGACGCGUAGGUGGCAGCUUUAUUGCGAAGAAAAUGCGCUUAAAUGUGAUUCAUGUAAGUUGAUUUUUUUGAGAGAUAAACUUUUUAAUGUAAUAUAAAUUGUCAUGUUUGUGUACGAUAGCGCAAUAAAUAAAUAUUGUAUUCUACCACAUAAAUGAUAGUACUUUUAUACUGAUAAUUAAAGCAAUUCGUGCUAAAUUAUUCCCUAACCAUUCCAAAAUAUCAAAAAUGCACAACGUUAAUAUUCAAGUUUUCACUUUUGCCGGCACUCCCGGAGUAAAACCCGUCGUUUUUUUUACACGUAUCAAACGUGAAAGUGUAAUGGCGCAUUGCAUCAAAUAUUAAAGAGCAUUCUUAAAAAAAAUGGAUCAAGUUCAUGAAUGGAAUCGUUUUUUAAAAAUGUUUAUAAACCACAAUGCAAUGAAAUUUUUGCAGAUAGGAAAACAAUCUAAUGCGUAUACAUAGCACUAGUUUUAUUACGGAGCUGUCAAAAUUCAUGCUUGGACCUGUAUGAAGGAUGCAAAGACUAAUGUGAGCCUUUUCAAGCAAAAGCUUUUCCCAACCUGUAGUUUUUACAACACAGCUGAAGUACUUUCAGUAAGACAACUUUACAUUCUCUUAACAAUACUUAUACAGCGACACGCACUUCAAUCACACUCUUCUGUGAAAUCUAUAUCUUGAACACAAUAACAAUGUUUGCCGAUAUAAAAAAUUUGCCACUGCUUUUGCGCACAGAUUCUUUUUUGACUGCAACUAGCCUGGAAACAGAAAAAUCUGUGUUUACAGUUACAAUCAUGCCAAUAAAUUGUUAAAUAAAUUGCAUGGCAAUUGUUUUUUACCAUUGACACAAAACAAGCAAACCACAAGCAUUUAUAUAGGUUUCUGUCAAUUAUAAAAAAUAAACAACUGAACAUUCAUAAUAUUCAUUAUUUUGGUUCAAUCGGAAAAUUAUUUACAUUUCUCAAAUUAAUUUGUUGCCAUGCACGUAAAAUACGUUAGAAUGCUUUGUUGAUCGAAGUUUAAAUGUGAAUUCAUUCAAAAGUUAUUGUGACCGGAGCGCUGUCGCAGUAUUUUUGUAAACACAUUUCAAAUAACUAAGAACGUAUUCCACGGCUAAGUUUAAUAGUCUUAGAGCCGGUGGGAGUUAAUUAUAAUAAUUAUAUGUUUAUCAAUUAUAUUUGAUAAAAAAUAUGUCUCAUCGAGUUAUCAGAUCGGUGAAGGUCGAUCUUAUACAGUCUCCCCUACCAUAAGUUUCGUGUAUAUUAAAUGCCGGUACAAGACAUAGGGAUUUUCGAUUCCUGAUUUUUUUUCUGUGAUAUCUUAUUAAAUGUACAUAACUGAAUAGUUGUAUUAAUUAGCCACUAAAGUUUACAUAUUUUGUGUCUGACGAAUGAAAUUUCUUUUUGAUUGGAUUAAUUUUGUUCGGUAUAUAAAUUGUAGGUACUUGAGAAUUAAAACAUUGUCCCUAAAUUCUAUAGCUUCUUAGCAUUCUCACAUAAAAAAUCUCAUAUAAGUCUUUGAUCGUUUACAGGGCCCUUUAGCUUUCCGUUACUCAGUUUGUCUUAGUUCUUGAGGACAAAAGUAAUUUCACAUUCAUAUUGAUGAAAAUAUAGAAAUUACCUACAGCAAAAAAAACCGUUAAAUCGGAUUUCAAUGCAGCGGCAAUUAGAGAAUAAUGAUAUCAAAGCUCAUUUAUUCAAGGUGUCACAAACCUUGCGGAACUUUGCGGAUGAGCUCAAACGUUGUUUCAAAACGUGAACAAAAGUGGAUAGGAUUAUCCGACUCUGUCGACGUGCCUAUUUUACCCGACUGCGCAAUGCAAGAGCGCGAAGCGCGACGCACAUACAAGGUAUAGUGUUUAACAGUGUACAUUUUAAGACUUGGUUUUGUUUAUUUAUUUUGCAGUUUCCCGUUUUUUUUUAAUUUUAUUAUUAACUAAAAAAUUUACAAGCAAAAUUUUUAUGAAAUACAAUAAAAAGACUUCGCCUUUUUAGGGUUCCGUGAAAAAAAUAGAGUCAUUAAUUUAAUAUAAUGUAUUGGCAUCUAUUAGUAAAAUGUACGUUAAAAUAAACAUUAUCACCAUAUUUCAAACGAUAUCGGAAUGUUUGGACGAGUGAAUUUUUUCCAGCAGUUACAUGCUCUAAAUAAAAAUGGAAAUUAUCUGAAUAUUUUAAAAUCAUAGGUAAUAGAAAAAUGUUCUUGGAAUCAAAUUUAAAAAUGAAACUUUGUUAGCUUCUUAUUCAUUUAUAUAUUUAGUUAAAAUAUCCAAUAUCUUUAAGACAAAUAUUUCAGUUCCUAUCUCAUAAAGAUUUUAUGUAUUAUGGUAAAUAACAGUAACUCAUGCAAUGUUCAGUUCAGUCAAAUUUAUUUAAUAGCUCUUUAGCUGUAUAGCAAUAGGUAUAGCAAAAAUAUUAUGUAACACUUUUUAUAGCUUCGGGUUAAUAAGAUGAUUGUUCUUUGAAAAUUUAAAGACAACCAAUCAAUUAAUAGUAUACUUUUAUUCGACCUGGACACCCUGAGAUCAAACCUACACUACUUGAAGAAGAUACACCAUUUUUUUAUAAAACCAAAUAAAAUCUGAAUUGGAGUAAACAUUAUUAUGAACAAAGGUGGAAGGCAUUUCACGCGUUUUUAAUAUUUUUGACAUUCUCCCUUUUCCGGGAAGGCAAAGGGAACAAUGCCCAUACAGCCUAAUCUUAAGUUUUGUUAAUCUUCUUAUUUUUACAUCAGAAUGUCGGUGUGACGCAUUCUAAUGUUUCUUGGAGUAUUUGGCACGAAAUAUAUCGAGUUAGCUUUUUCGAUAAGCUUCUGUGAGGUAGCCAACACUCAUAUAAAGUUCUCACAUCCACUUGACCCAAGUAGCGUAUUUUUUAAAGAUUCCACUAAUUCUAUAGUUGCAAAGAUGGUUAUAACACAAAAUCACACCAAUUCUAUUUCACAAUAUCCACUAUAAACGAAUUUAUGAAUAAUUAAAAUAAGACGCCAACCGCACUCGAUGAAAUCACUCCAAAAACCCCUCACGCGUUUUUAAAUGUUUAUAAACUUCUUUUUUAAUUUUGUGUACAAGCAUUUGAGACAACAAUUAAAAACACACACACACACAUAUAUAUAUAUAUAUAUAUAUAUAUAUAUAUAAAACUCAAAGGUGACUGACUGACAUAGUGAUCUAUCAACGCACAGCCCAAACCACUGGACGGAUCGGGCUGAAAUUUGGCAAGCAGGUAGAUGUUAUGACGUAGGCAUCCGCUAAGAAAGUAUUUUGAUCAAUUCUACCCCGCAGCGAAGCGAAGGCGGACCACUAGUUAUAAGAUAAAAGCUAAAAAAAAUAAAGGUUGCACACAGUCAAACCAAAACCUUAAGCAACUUCUCUACAAGUUUCAAGUCGCUGUUGAAUUUAAUAUAAAAAAGGUAUAUGCGGCUUUAUCAAAUCAAAGAAGUUGUGGAAACGCCUUGAAAAUAUAUACAACUUUGUUCCGGAACUUUGCAAGCGGUUUUUGAACUUGUCUUAUGAAAACUAAUAAUGUCUUAACUUAUUGGCGCCAUUUUAUAAUGUUAUAUUGCACUCUCCUAUUUUAUCAUGUGAAAUUUUUUUAAAUGAGCAUAAUUAAUCAGGAUCAGAAUACAAAUUGGUUAAAUAUUAAACACAAUCACGUCGUAUAUUAUAACAUUUUCUAAACUUCAAUGUAUGUUCAAACCAAUAAGAAAAGAUAGCUCUUAAAUCAAUUUUCCUUUUUUUAUCCAGUAUUUAAAAAAACACGAAUUGUUUCUUAAUAAGUAAUAAACGCUGGAUUCAUUACCCUUUACUAAGACAAACGAAACAGUUGUUAAAGUUAAAGGUUACGUGGAACGGUACAUUUAAUAAUGGGGGAUUAAAAGUGGCACUGAACAAAGUUGUUUUUGACGUCAUUGCGCACCGUUGUACCCUGACAGCGGACUCGGAUGCGCCAUAAAGGGGGCAGGGAGGGGCUUUGUUUUAACCAUUGGAAAGUUGCUGCAAAGCUUGUGCUCGCGACAGUUCCGUCGCUCAUUGUUUUCAGUAAUUAAGCGCCUCGUAGUAUCAUGACACCCACGGAUUACGGACGCACUCAUGAAAUCGGAAUCAUGGAAAUAAACACCAACUUUAAAUAGGGUAUUUCACGUACCUACUUAGAAAAAUAAGAAUACAGUUUUAUAAAUAUUUACUUUUCAUUCGAAUGUCUUUGUCUUCGCAUUCAUAGAUCAAAUUAUCUUUACAAGAUAAAAGAAAACUACUAAUGAGAAGCUCGAUACCACCAGUGGUAAGCGCGUUUCGUCUACGAUCAUUGAAGUUGAACAAUUUGUAUAAUGGUUGUACUCAAUAUGGAUGACAAUCAAAUAAUUAUUAUUUAUUGCACCUUCUGUUUACAAGUAAAGCUUUUAGAUCCAACUGCAUCUGCAGUUAUUAGUGCCCGCCAAAUCGGCACUGAGCCACUGGAGGACUCUGUCUCAACAGGGAAAUUAGUGGGUUGAUGACAAGGAUUUUAACUAAUAACUUUUUUAUAAAAUUAAUCAACUACCACCACUACAGCAACUAAGUCUAAAGGACGAAAAUUUUGUAUUUCUAAAUAUUGAGACGUUAUAUAUUUUAUAUUCGAGGAUGUAGGAGGAUCCUAUCAUUAGUUUUGUCAGCCACUGUCUGCCUGAUUUUAAGUAAACGUCUUUGCAUUAAGGUCUUGAUGUCCCCGUAUUAAUGCCUUCAAUUUAAUAUAUCGCUCUUAAUUAUUUAUGCCCUACUAAUAUCACUUACUAUGACACCAAUGAGUUUUAAAUUGCCAAGUCGAUAUUGGUUUUUAGUUGAAAUUUCUGCUAUUUCCAAUAACGCAAAAUUGUACACCGCGGCUCAGUAGUUUUCCGAUACAUCAUUUAGUCAAUUAAAAGACUUAGUCAAUUAAAGUAACACAGAUUACUUACAGUUUACUCGUUAUUUCUAUUCUUGUUGAUAAAUUGAUGAAAGGUAGCUAUUUAAAGGCUAGAAAUAUCAAAGUGUGUUUCGCAGAGCUGAAAUAUGACUUUUCAUUCAUGGAAACAUCUACUUUAUCCCGACAACCUUACGUAUAUAUAUUUCAAUCAUUAACUAUAAUGCCUUCAAUAGUUGAAAGUAGUUGCUGAAGUAGAAGAGAUCAAAUAUGGAAUGAUGGAAAAUAAAUAAUAACUAUUAAUUAAAUAAAUAUAUCUAACACUCACACCAAUUAGCCUAGCCCCAAAGUAAGUACUGUAAGGCUUGUGUUAUGGGAUACUAAGGUAACGGAUAGAAUACAUAUACUGAUACAUAUAUGCGUAUAUUUAUAUAUAAAUACAUAAAAACAUCCAUGACUUAGGUACAAAUGCUAGCAUUCAUCACACAACAUUUGCCCCCACCGGGAUUCGAAACAUCUGAGUAGCCACACCUUGAAACCCAGCAUACAAAACCACUCGGCCACGGAGGUCGUCAUUAAUCAUUCUUAGUAACAUUCUUUAUUAAUAUAUGUUUUAGCUGGCAAGUAUACCAGCUAACUUCAUUUACUUAAAAACUGUAACUAGUAAUUAAUUGAAAUCUUGAAAACCUGUUUUCUUUUCAAACUAACUCGUUAGAUGGGAGAAAAAAGAAAUAAUGUGAUUUAAAUAAAACACCAGCAUAGAAUUAAAUACAAGAUCAAAAAUAGAUAGAUAUUAUAAAAAAAUAUUUUAAUUCAUAUUGAAUUUCAAUACAAUUGCCUCCAAUUUUGUAUACAUAUAAGCUAAAUACUCUCAAAUAAGAACUUAAUUAGGAGCUCAGAUUAUGCUGAAGAUCAUUCAAUACUAAUUUAGGAAUUUCCUUUAUGGUAAACAGUAAUUUUUGAUCUUUAACUGUCAAUUUUAAAAUAUAUUUUAUUUAAGGAUUAAUUAUAAAACAAUAGAUACUGAGUGUUGAUCAUUCUGCAUAAUAUUUAUAUUUGGAUUUCAGUGAUUCAGCCUCAUAUGUAAGCAUCUAAAAAUAUAUGUUUUGUGGCAGCAACUAAUUCUCACUACUGGUUUUGUUCAUAACCAUUCGCCUCAGCUGUUAUUUACAACAAACGAAAUUAAAACCAGUGUAAAAUCAUUCACGUUCCGUAAAACAAUGCUUCCAUAAACUUUUGAUUUCACUAAAUGCAUCGUUUUAUUCGUAGCUUACCUCCAGCCAUUUAAGCCACUUUCUCUAACGCUUCCCUGUUCGCUUUAGAAUUGUUUGAUAAUUAUGAACCUAACCACUCUGAAAUUCCGUGCUAUUAUCUCUAUUUUAGUAAAACUGAGCUAACUAAGGCUCAUUAGUACCAAAGUUCAGAAAGUGAAUUACAAUCCAAACCAUUUUAAAACAUAUUUUUUUUCUAAUGAUUUUAAGCAAACAAAGAUAGAGUGAUUUUUGGUGGUUUUAAGUUUCAAAUUGUAUAUAACCAUGAAGAGUAACAGAUUAUUGUGUCAAUCUUAUUCUCAGACAAUGUACCUAAUGUUAAAGUUAACUUUAUCAGAAAAAGUUAGUUGAGCAUUAAACACAAGUAACAAUACAUAUACAAAAACUUUGCGUAAAUAUAAGAUUAAUAAAAAUCUUACUUUUUGUGGUAUAGCCUUAUGUUUUGUUAUUCCUAAAAUUAGUAGUUAGAGGACACCAUGUUUUUCGUAAUAUUAUGGCGUUUUAAACAAUGGUAAUUACAACGCUGAAUUAGCUUAACUUUGUAGCAAUAACAUUUUAAAAAAUAGUUAGGUACCAUUUAGAUACUGGUACUAAACAUUAUUGUCAAUCUUAUACAACGAGUAUUAAAAAAAUAAAAUAAAAGAGCAAUUUGCAUUAUAUACACUAUAGAUGCACUUAGACUAAGGAAAGGUGAGAAAUCACGAACACAGCAAUAACUAAAUACUGCAUAUGUCGAUAAUAUAAAUUAGUGGUAUUUUAAAAGAAAUAAAGUUGUAGUACAUAAAAUGUAUUUUUAUUCACUUCCCUUUUAAGUUUACACUUUGAAAUGUUUCUCUUAAUAGGUAAAGGAACGAAGUGCAUCCAUACAACUACUUAGAGGAAGAAACCGAUGGAAACUUUGCUAGUCCGCUUUUUGAUUGCCCGGAGAUAAGGCAAGCAAAAUAAACAAAGCUUACCAAGCUCUGCUGCUGUAUUUUUUUAUUAUUCCGCUUAAGAAAUUGAAAUAAUAUUUUCUCAAAAUCAGAAAAAGUUAUUGCUACCACCACGACUCAUUUUAGGCACUGUGCAUUUCCUAUAGCGGUGAAAACUAACGCACCGUAUUCCCACGUUGCACAGUUCCGCGGAGGACAUGUGGGGUUGUUUCCCACUGGUUGAUCGCGGGAGGUGGGUCAUCCUAAGUAUCGGUCUAAGUUGUCGGCGGGUAAACUUUGGAGCGUGGUGCGCCCACCCCAUCGAUCGAAGAGGCAGCGCGCGCACCCGGCACCCCAUAUAUACGGCGGGCAGCCCUCCCGCCACUCACAACCGCAAGAGACCGCGUGCGAUUCGGCUGCCGCUCGUCCGGGGCGCUCUUUCUACUCUUCUUUCUCUGUUCGUCUGUCUUUCAUGCCGCGCCGGGGCUGAUGCAGGCGCCGCCAUGCCGCGCUGCCUCAUGGCCAAGAAAUGGAAGGCGGGCCCAACGGCGGAGCUGGCCGAUGAGUCGGACGAGGAGAUCGACGUGGUCGGCGAGGGGCGCGGCCGCAGCCCCGCGCCCGCCGCCACCGCGCCGGGCCCACAGCCCCGCGAUCCUGAGCCCACGCUCCUCUACAACGGUUACACCGAGGAGCAGCCUUCAAGUCAGUUCACCGCCCAGCUGCCAGGCGAGGUGAGCCCGGCAACCGCCGCGCCCGGCCCCGCCCCCGCCUCCGACCCACAGCCGGCGCCGCAGCCUCUCUCCUACGCCCUUCUGCACCUCUCCUCUGACUCGACCGACCCACCUUUCCUGCACGUGCAGCUCCAGUCUUCGCCUGUUUCUCCUCCUCCGCCACCGGCGAGCGGCAAGUCUAUCUCCAUGUGCUACACUAGCACUGGUGCCGUACUAUCUCUGCCCCCCAAGAAGAAGGAUAUAUACCGACCGUACUGUCUAGGCGACCGCGCGGCGCAUCUCCACCGCGCCGAAGAGGACCUUAACGCAGCCCACGCGAUUCUCGAUCUCAGCCAGCAUGCUGUCUAUUUAAGUAGCUCGUUGACGACCCCCCCGCGCUCCGAACCCUCGCCUCCUGAACCACCACCACCGGAGCCCCCGGCGCCGGAAACGACAGAGCGUCCCCGGGAAACUGUCGCGUACACCUAUGACGCCUUCUUCGUAAGCGAUGGCCGAUCCAAGCGCCGCAACUUCGCCAACGCACCCGUCGAAAGCGCACAACAGCCAGAACCUAAAUCCAAAUACACGUGCAGCGAAUGCGGUAAGCGGUACGCGACUUCAUCCAAUCUAUCGCGCCACAAACAGACGCACCGGAGCUUGGACUCCCAAGCGGCGAAACGCUGCGGCGAAUGCGGGAAAGCAUACGUUUCAAUGCCUGCUCUGGCGAUGCACGUGCUCACUCACCAAUUGUCGCACGUGUGCGGUGUAUGUGGUAAGCUGUUCUCGCGGCCUUGGCUACUGCAAGGCCACCUACGCUCCCACACCGGUGAAAAGCCCUAUGGGUGCGCCCACUGCGGGAAAGCGUUCGCGGACCGCUCCAACUUGCGCGCGCACAUGCAGACGCACUCCACCGACAAGAACUACGAGUGCACGCGCUGCCACAAGACGUUCGCACUCAAGAGCUACCUCAACAAACACCAGGAGUCAGCGUGCGUACGCGACGACGAUGCGACGCCCGCGCCGGACUCGGCGGCCGGCUAACCCGCCGAACACCGCUGCAACUAGGGACCGUAACCACCUUCGAAUGGUUAACACGUAAACUUAAAGUAUUAUAAUGAAUUUAGCUUGUUAGCAUGAUAACUAUAAAUAUACAAAUUAAAGGUAGUGGGCGCGCUCGCCGGGGCCGUCACCGGCAGCAGCGAUCGCGCCACGCCGAAAUCGAGCAACGUUUCGCAAACAACGAAUCAAGUACGACCCCGUAGCGCCGCGGCCGCGGCGGCAUUAGGCCGUAGCGACAGACGUCCCGUUACGUUAAGCAUUAAUAUGUAUAUACUCAUCGAUGAAAUAUACCCCUUUAUACAUAGAAGUAUUGAAAUAUGAAUGAAAACUAAUAUCUUUUGUAGGAGAUUUUUACAACCGCAAUGUAGGUUAGAGAGUAUAUUACGGAGUAAGUUAAGCGCCGAGAUGCGAGAGCCGAGCGGCGAGCUCGUCGGCGGACGGCAGCCGCCGCCCCUCGAUGAGGGACUUGCCAAAACUUUCCGUCCGAAGCUCCGCAGCAGGCGCACGCGCAGCCCCCGCACUCACCCGCUUCGCGCGCACGCGCCCCGCGCCCGUGCCCUGCCCUCGCCGCCCUGCGACAGUGCCUUAGGUAGCGAUGGGUGAUGAUACAAAACCACAUUGUUAGCCACUCUAGACUAUCGGUAACAUAAUGCGAUUUACUAUUACACUUCUAUUGUACCCUUUCUAACAAUCUGCUAAAUAAUAUAUCAAUAUAAAUACAUAGUACAUAAUUGUAAAUAUUUGAAUUCUAUUAAAAAGAGCAUUGCUUGUUGUUGUACAUAUUAAUGAGAAUACCAUCGAGGCCUUUGAUCCUAGACAGAGAAGGUUAGCUGUUUCACAUGAAGCUAAUUUUAAAGAUAGUUACAUACAAUCGCAUUAUUGUCACCGAAUCUGAAAAAAAUAAUAGUUAAGACGAUAAUAUCACUCAACUCUACCCAAGCGGCGAUGGCCAGUCAUUAUGGUUACGUAAUAAAAAGAAAAGACUUGAAAAAAAAUUAGCAUUUCAUAGGAAAUCGUUCAAUAGACCAGUUUCAAUAUUUUUCAAAUUUACUGAUCCACUUAGUACUUUCAGUAUUUGGUAAAAAAAUAUAUUAGAAAUUUAUUUAUUUACUUAUUCAUUUCGACUUUGUAUUACAUUUAGGAUAAGCUUGUUUUUUAGGAAUUAUUUGUGCCUUACUAUAAACAUUUUUAUAAAAAACUUUCGUUGGGCUUAUCGUAAAUUUUAACACUUUUGUUUUCUGAUUCGUAGGCAAAGAGGCGGGUGUGCGCCGGGGAAUACAUCCAAGCAUGCCUUUAUCGAGCGCGUGUAGUGAAAAGUCAAACGUAACUGGCAAUAAAUUAACAUAGAUUAAACUAGGCUACCUUAGGUUAGGAGACGAGCACGAGGUGCUCGGGAAGAAAUGGGUAUUCGAAAAGCAAUAAUACGUAGAAUAAUAGGUCGCGCACCGGCGUCGUCGGAGCGACUUUACGCCGCUAUCAAUCUGUAGAUUAGACCAUCCCAUGGUAGUGGUAGCUCGGCUGAGAAAAUCGAUUCCAUAUUAAUAUAGUUAUUUUGUGACAAAGCUUUUAUAGAAAAAUUUAAAACGAAAAAAAUUACAAAAAUCGUAGAUAAGAACGUUUCUACCUGGGUUUCGAUGUAGAUAAAAAAACACAAACACCCUUACAUCGUGUGAUCUAGUCAUUCUAAGUCUGAGAGCUGAUAAAUUUAUGAGUGGAUCAUUAAACGACUAAAAGAAGAGACAUUACACAAUUAAUUUACAUAAAUACUAGUUCAACGGAGUGUUAUAUCGUUCAAAUUUAUUAAACAUAUACUAAAAUGAAGCAUUUUCUCAGUGGAGCUGACACUGUUCCCCUUAUAGAGUAUUAGUGAGUGCCUCGCAAGUCAAUUCAUUAACAAUUAAAUUCAUUUAACCCUUGUCAAUUAUUACCAAUUAUUUUAAAUUCAUAAAUUUCUAUCAAACUAAUUUAAAAGUUCUUAUGCGGUUUCAAUCACACUUCGCAGAUUCCCGUAUAAGUUUCUGUAAUUGCCUACGAUUUAAUCGAAUUAAAACAAAUUAUAAAUCGUAGUAGUCUUAGGCCCCACUUUAUCGAAUUUUUUCUUUUUCCUAGAUGUUUUGCUAUGUUUAAGAAUGCAUGCAAUGCAGGUCAUUACAGUUCUAUAAGCUCAUUAUAUUCAGCAUCAGAAUUUGGUUUUGCACAGCAACUUAAGAUGCGGUAAGAUUUAAGCGACAAUUCAACUCAACACCAAAACCAAAAAACAAAGUUCUAUUUUAAUCAAAUGAAAAAAUGUUUGAGGUUUAGUUAAACCUCAAACAAUUCUUUUUCCGUAUCGACCUCUUGUUGAGCAUAAAGAAAUAUAGGAUUUUAUUUGGAAAUCGGGAUUGAAAUAAUGAAUAGACUUAUUAAAUAAUUGGAAAGCAGUGUUAUUUAAUUUCAGGAAAUGCUUAGGUAUAUGCUGGCACGGACGACUACUGGUCGGUCUCUAGAUAACGAAAAUAUUAUUAUUCCCAUAUUUUACAAAUUAUUUAUAAUAACAUAAUCUUAUGGAACUGUAAGAAAUAUUUGUUUAAGACAACGAACGUAAUGUCAGAAACCGCCUAGAGGCACAUAAAAUCCUAGUGACUACUUAUAUUCCCUUAUCCAAAUAUUCCUAUUAGUAGACUUAGUGCCACUUUAAACUUAACCUAACUAGAGUAAAAAGAGCCCUACACCCUUGUUUAUACGACGUAAGCUUACCAGGCAAUGGUUGCGCGUUUAAAGCAAUAUUGUAAAUUAUAAGCAAUACUAUUAUAGGGUUUGUGUAGUUUACAUUUGUUUAAGGUUUUGUAGUUUUAGAAGUUUUGGUGCUUUGGAGUACUUAUUGAAAUUUUGAAACGAAACAUACAUCGAAUAAUUAUUAUAUUGCGACUAUACUUAUUUGUCAAAAUUAUAUUUAUUGAUAGCAUAAUUUUAUGCGUUUCCUAUUAAGUAUCAAUCCGUUUAAUAGCCCUUAUUGUCUACCUGUACUCCUUCAAAAUUCGCUAUAAGUAGAUGUAGUAUUACCCUUCGCGUAUUUAUUCUUUGUAACGUCUAGCUGUCCCAAGUUUUUCGUAGAAAAUGAUAAAAUAAUUGCUUCUAAAAACUAAAUUGAGAUAUUUUAUUCAAAUAUUUAUAUUAUAUUCACGUUAUUGUAGUGUUCUAAUUAAGGUAAGUUAUAUAACGACUAAUAUUAACGAAAUCUUAUAUACAAAAACAUAUACAUUUAAAUUGUACAUAUAUCCCUGUGUACCAAAUUUCCCUUCUUUACAAUUUUUGUAGCUGUAGACAUUAUAAAUAACGUUAUAAUUACAUAUUUAUACAUAGUGAAGAAACAAUUUAGUAGAUAGAUAUAAGACUAUUCCUAGAUUUAACAUAACCAGAAAAUUCGCAUCUUAUUUGUCAGACCUCGGAAAAUUGUCUUAAUAUAAUACAAAGUAGGAAGAUAGAUUAUGAGGGACUCAGUAAUAAUCCUAAAAUAAACACCACGUUUGACCUGUAGGCUAAUUUAGAAAAACUAAACCUAACGAAAAAUCAAUUUUGUGCACAACUACCUAUGUUACAUUAUCGAUCAACUGACUGUGCUCCAGUGAUUAACUGGCACACAACACAGCAUCAAUAUUUAUCACCAAAGUCAAUUACUUGCCACGUUGAUAUUUUACAAACUAGCCGGAUCUAGGUCAACGUUGACAUCCUCCGAAAAUCUGGACAACAUUUCCUCGUUGAACUUUACGUAGACGUAUGUUGAUAAUGCACCUUAUAAUCCAGUCAUAGAGUUUACAUAAGAACGAAAGGCAUCCGUCUACGUUCAGUCCAAAAAAUAAUAAAUUAUAGGACAUGAUCAAACGAAUCUGCAAGUUAAAAGCAUAGAUUAAGUUUAAUGCAAAACAGUGAUAAAAUUUGAAAAUGUCCAAAUUAGCAAUACAUAAGCAAUAAAUACUUUAGAAUUAUAAUUGAUAUGAAUGUGGAUCCAAACAUAUCGCGGCAUUCCCUUGAUAACGAUGAAAUGAGUUUCAAUGAUGACUGAAUAAUAAUAAACCGAUUAUAUGCCGCGCAACAUAGAUAACAAGCAUAAUUGCCAUGCAAUGUUUGGAUCCACUUUAUGAUAAUAGCGCUUAGAAAAAUUACGGAUAACGUAAGAAAAGCAAUACUAAAGCAAUAUACUAUUAUAAUAAUGUUAGUUUGUUAGAUUUAGUUAUGGAUUUGAUGCAUUUGAAAUAUAUUGUAAUAUUAACCAACUCGGCUAAUAUAAGUAGACUGCAACGAAGUGAUAUUUAGAUUGUUUCGUUAUUUGAAUAAAAUUAUCGCUUAGAAUUAAAGAAAGUUACAAUGACGGUCAUUCAAGUCGUAAUAUUGACAAUGGAAUAAUGAUAGUGAUGGUCAAACUAAUACUUAGGUAAAGUUGAAGACGUUGGCUUUUGGGCUUAUAUCUUAAGGCGAUUUCAUCAAUUCAAUGAGUUUUCUCACAUUAUUGAUAUAAAUCUUCAGUCACUAUAGUCUAAAGGUUAUAAACCACCAACUUCUUCUACUUUACAAUAAAUAUAUGUGAUAAUCUACUAACGAGCAAUAAAAAUAAGGUAAUAUUGUGAUGAAAAGUAAGACAUCGUUUUAUUACAUAAUUAUAAAUGCAUUCAUUCAAUAUAAACUUAGAAAUAUACAAGAUGAAAUUUUAGUGGUUUCCUUGCUCCCAGUAGCAUAGCCGCAAAGAUUUAAAAAUAAAGGUUUAUAAUAUAAUAAAAUAUAUAUUCAUUAAAUUAACAGCGUUAGAUAUAAUAGUCAUUCAAUGGUUAAAAAAUGUUUAAGAUAGUCUUUACUUAAGGGAAAAGAAAAAUGGAAUAUUUUGUCCAUUUUGUCGCAAUGAGUGAAUAAUGAACUGAUUAAUAAGCACUCGGGGCUAUCGUCUAGCGUCAGACGCCGACUUAAGAAUGUUUCUUUUUAACCAGCAAGGCUAAAAAGAGACAUUCUUAUAUACUACUAGACGAUGUUAUCUAAAAAUGUAAUAGCAACGGUAUGGUCAUAGAGAAAUUAAUAACUAACGCUUUGCGUCUGCUUUUUGCUCCUCAAUAAUAACAGUCAAACGAAACGGAAUAUAUUACGCCGUCCUAUUAAAUUGUUAUUUAAACCAUUAAAAUUUCAGCGUGUAUAGUGUAAUAGCAAUAAUAAAUAAGUGAAAGAUUUCAUUUUGUAACCAUUUCGUUUAAAACAGCUUUAGGAUUUGAGUUCCUUUUGCUAAUGUAAUGAUGAGCACCAAAUAUUGAAUUGAAUUUUGAAAAUAAUAAUGAAUAAACCUCGUAAAUAAAUACUAAAGCGGUCCUAAAAUCUGGUGAAUUAUCGUAUUAAAUAUUGUCUGAUGUAAUAGGUAAUAGCACGGUUUGUUACAAAAUUUAACGUAAAAAAUAACAACGAUUAAGAAAAUAACGAAGUGUUACAACGAACUGUUUAUAUUAUUAGGCAUAUUUGCGUCACCUGUAAAAUGCGAAUAAUUGUAAUUGUUCUUAUUUUAGGCUUGGUAAUUUAAGUGUUUAAUUUAUAAUCAAUUCAAUUGAACACAAAUACAUUUUUGAACUGUUCGAAAUUAUGAUAAUUUUAUGUAGAGCUAUCUACGGCUGUGUAUGAAUCGAAAUAUGCACUAGUUUUAGAUGAAUUAUUAGAAAGCAAAUUGUGCUGUAGAUAUUUCUACAGAACUUAUCAAAUAUGUUAAUGCAUUACUUACUACGCGUGAUGCUUGAGUAACAUGGAGCAAUACAGACGCUAUCAGUACGUGUUGCUCUAUGUUGAGAUGCAAAAAAAGUAACAAAUUUAUGUCAGUUGUAAACAUUUUUAUUUCUGAUAAAACAAGUGACUAAACAUCACAAAGUACCCACUGAUGAUAUAUUUUUGGCUAUCUACCUAAGUAAAUAAAAUAAUUUCGUAAAUCUGUACAUUGACGUAUGUAUAAAUUGUCUAUUUGUAAUAAUUACUCGUAGUAAAGUUAAGUUGUUUUUUUUUACAUUUACAAGGGACCCUACUAUAGAAUAAAAUAUGACACGCAGCGCAAAAUGCACAUGGGGGAACCGUUUCAGCAGCUGAGCCAUAGCUGAACCGCUUGUGAACCGCGCGAAGAGUUUAUAGUAAAGUCCCUGAGUAUUAAGAGUAGUUUUGAUAAUUAUAAAUUCCUCUAUUAUUGUCACGUUAUGUCUCGUAUAGUUUUUAUUUUUAUUUGUAAAGUGAUAUCUAAAUUUACGUAUUCCAAACGUGAGCAACGGACCCUAUUUGAGUAAGAUUUUAGGGCGUUUAGAUAGAGUGUAGGAGAAUCUAGUCGAAUUGCAAACAUAUAUAUUACCAAUAGCAGUAGAAUAAUGGUGAUUACUAAAUAUGUGAUGCAUCGAGUAGUGCGUGAGAGUGAUAGUUUAGCUGAGACAUAUACGCUAGCCUUUACUUUGGAUAUAAGAAGGAAAAAGUUGGUAGCCCCAAUAACCAUAUUAUGUAGUUACUAAAAUCGAUAAAUUAGUUACCUGUAGGUAUGACAAGUAAGGUCUAAUAUAUAUAUAUUAAAGAAGGUGGGCCAAACAUACUUUUUUCUUAAUAUAAACAAGGUAAAGAUGGGUAUUGACGACAUGUAUAACUAAGUUUGCCUUACAGUAAGUAAUAAUAUAGGUAAGUACUGAAAAGUCACUGAAAUGAGAGUCCAAUUAAAUAUUCCACAAUACGUAGACGUACUUCAUGAGAUCGCGACAUUUGUAAGAUUUUUUAUUACCCUACGCUUAGCUUAUUCAGUUCAAGGCGGUAAGGAGCUUAGUUAAUAAUGUUGUAAAAUGGACUAAUGUAUCGCCAUCGACGGUUUGUUUGGCGUUAUGCUGUUAAAAUUUAGUUUAAACUGAUUCAUGCACUAAACUAACUUAAUUUACACAGUACCUAUCAAAAUCAGUAUUUCAAAAUUAAAUGGAUUUGACUCUAAUUUAAAUGUGAUAAGAAUAAGACUAUUUUGUAUCAACUGAAAGUACAGAUUUUAUUACAAGACUAUCCUCGAUUUAUUUAAAAAAACCACGGGCAACAACCAUGUCUGUUCGAAUUAAUGAUAAUACAAUAUUUGUAGGAAAAAAGCAAAAUAAUACUUAUUUAAAAAUAACGAUCUUAUAAAAUGUUUUGGUACCUAUAUCUUAAGAACAACGUAUCGAGGAUAAGACAGACUUAUUAAUAUAAAUUAAGCUCAGAAAACAGAAAAGCUUUUAAAAAUUGGAAAAACAUUAGUAUCUUUGCUAAGCAACGUUUUUCUUACUUAUGCAGACCCUUGAAAAAAUAAAUCUGUUUUCCUAAUAAAAAUGUAUUUUAAUACAUUAAUACAGUUUGGAAGUUCAUUCACAAUUAAGUCCAUUUUAAUGAGUAAAGCUAGCGCUAGAGGUACUGAAAUGCAAGCAAGUAUAGAUAUUAAUAACGUUUAAAGACUAUCUCAUUAAACCUAAUGAUAUUCUAAUAUGUUACAAGCGCACCGAUGAAGUUCUUGUGAAGGUACGUGUAUCGUGCGUGUCAAUAUAAACACAAGCGCCACAGAAGUCACCGUUCCGUACUGCAAUUUUUUAGGGGAGUAAUGUUAGUACUUUGGUAUGCCUAUUUGUACUAGGUCUAGAUACCGUCUCAAGAAACAAGUUUUUAUUUUAAUAUGACCUUCGUAAGUUUCGUAAGACGAAGGUUAACUAGAUUACUAAUUUUAUGGUCAUACUGUACCUGACUGAAAUUAACCUUUAGGCCCUAGGCUAAAACUCGCUCGGGAGCACGCUCGCGUCACCAGGCUCGACCGCGUGCGAAUAGAUUUAACCAGUUUUUGUGCAGUUUUUGUCCGUCUCAGAUUGUCGCUCUGUCUCAGAUUCAGCGCAGACAACCGCUCGGUGCACCCGCGCAAGUUUUAGAGUAGGAGGCUCUUAAUUAUUACAUUGGUAAGACGUACGCAGUUCAGGUUUGCCAACUCAAUUAAGAUAACCUUUGAAUGAAUACCUAUUAAAAUAAAAUAAAUAUCUUCUCGACUAAACCUAAUUCAGUUAUGUAACGAUACGACAUAUAUUUUUAGGUCUUAACUUAAUUAAAAUGUUAACAAUAUAUAAAAAUUACCUUUUUAAUGUAGUAUGUCAAUUUUUAAUUCACUUAUUCCUUCCUAAUAAGCAAUUAUCGUGUACCAAAAGUACCUACAAAGUAAGUAAAAAUAUUGCAUGAAUUAUAUAAAUUAAUAUUCUAGUACUAUGGAGUAAUGUAAAAUUAGCGUUAUUAUAUUUAUUCACACUGUUGCUACACGUUGGAUACUGAUGGUAAAACGGUGAUUUUUUUACAUCAAAUUGUUUUUAUUUGCGUCUGUGCUGAAAAGUUGUCCUUUUGACCAUACAGUAAAGCAAUAUCGAGUUCUCCUUGAUUAUAAAAGGUAAGGUAUAGGUACUAUUAAAUUAUUUCACAAUUGUGCUGUCCGUCCUAGUGGUAAACGAUAAGCUCUUUCAAUAAAAUAAAAUUUAAAAUAUCCGUAUAGAGGAUAAAAUAUUAAGAAACCCUAACUACAUAAGGUCACUUUACUUGGAGUAGGGUAGGCAGAGAUUCAGAAGAAUUCCAAUGACCCUUACUUUCUAAAGGCCUAAUACAACACCUACUCAACAUUAUUCAAUCACAUUGGUUUCGGUGCUUAUUGACCUAUACAGCAAUACUAAUUAAAUAAAAACAUCCUAACUUAUUAUAUAAAAAUUAAAUCAUCGGAAUAAAAUAUGUGCCAUUUUACAAACCAGGACUUAUUAAGUACUUUCGAGUGCUUAUUAAAAUAAUACUUAUCUAGUGUCCGAAACUGCGGUUCCUCUCGUACUGAGCAGUAUUACUAUCGCAGCGACAAGCCAUCAGUAGGGUAAAACUAACCUGUCUUAGUCCAAGAUCCCGACGCUAAAUUCUGCAGCCAUCUGUUUUGUUUAUUAAAUUUAAUUAAAGUGAAUUAUUAGUGAGUAUACAUCACUAGUGACCGGUUGCCUAAAACGUAGCCGCAAAAACCUUUAAUUAAAUUUAAUGACAUCCAUUUAUUUAUGUAAAGGACACCCGGCAUUUUCUGCCAAAGUUGUAUACUUUUUUAAUUUUUUUAUCUGUGUUUCAUAAUUGGGUAAUGUAGUCUGGCAAUAUUCGUCAUCAGCAGCUAGCUGUCAAUGUCAAAUACGUAGGUUUGUCAUCAAAAGGGUUUCUAUAUCAAAAACUAUUAAUCAUUAAAUAACUUCUUUCCACGAUUCACUAAAAAUAAGGCAAAAGUAGUUUAAUGUAGCAAAUAAUUUUGGCUUUAUUUUGAGACCAAAUUCAACUGUAUACAAGUUUAGCAUUUUUUCUAUGAAAAGUGCCGGGUCUCCUUUGAUCCAUAAUAAUGUUUUUUUUUUAAUAUAUAAAUUUUACGUCAUUUGAAAGGAAUUGAUGUGAACUCAAAAAACGAUGGUUGCCAGCUCUCAAAUAAUCAACAUUAAUGUACUGCCUGAUUACAAAUGGCAAACCUAAAGUUGCGGCUGUUUGAUUAAAUUAAGUUUUGUUAAAAUAGCCGAUGGCUGCAGAAUCGAUCGGCGGGAUCUUGGAUUACUACCUAAUCAAAAAAAUGUUAUUGCUUUCUCUCCCAUUUACCAAAAACAAAUGUAAAAUUCCUAUAGAUAAUUUGGCAAAAUAGGAAAUAAAAAUUUUACACAAACUUAACGUAAAGCGCAUGACAACCUAAAACGAAAACGAUAUAUUAUUAAUACAAUUCUCUUGUCUUGGUUUUUCUUUUGUCUGGUAAGCAAAAGCAACAACAAUUAUUUCUAGUAUUUUACGAAAUCUCUCGUAAAGUAGCAAAUAUAAUAAUAAUAUAAACUAUAACAUACCUAAGGGUCCACUACGUUUAUUUACAAUUUAGAUAACGCUUAGGCAACUAGAUGACGUGUUUGUUUUAUUGCUUUAUAGCAUUCAUAAUAAAAAUAAUAGCAUAGGUACUUUACGCUGCUGUGAAAAACUACAAGCAUGUCCUUAGGGUGUGUUCAGAUGACACAUGUCGAUCACGCGCAAAAUCGGCGCACGACUCGCACACGCCUCGCGCACACCUCGCGCCCGCUUAUAUUACUAGUGACAGGACUACUUCGUUCACUAGAUGUAAAGUACACUAUUCAUAGCGUGGGCGGAAAGCGUAUGCGGGGUGGGUGCAGGAUUUAUUGAUGUGUCAUAAAACUGAUAUUAUAAACAACUAAUUUCAAAUAGAGUUAGACGCGGAUGGUGACGCGCGUGACGUGCGCUAUGCGGACGCUUGUCGUCUGAAAGCGCUCUUAAGCGUAAAACAUGACUUACAAUAUUUAAACAAUCAGACAGCUAAUAUCUCUCUUGUAAAAUUGAAUUUGUCUUAACAACUUCUAAAAUAAUAUUCAAUAAAAACAUUCUAGAUUUCAAUAAAAAAGCGACAAAUAUUUUCUCAUAAACUUGUAGACAUAACUUCGUUUUUUUUUUCAUCAUUAUCAAAAUAAGCACCACGGAAAAUAAUUUAAAGAAUACUUACGUACAUACAGUAACAGCACAACAGUCAGUAUUAUAUGUACUUUAAAAGAAACCGAGGAAGAAAUCACUCGUGAAACAAAGAUUUCAUUAGAAAUACUAUUGUCUACUAUGUCCUAGAAAACAAAACAAGCAUACGUUGCACAAAUAAUUUAUUUAUUUGUAGUUUAUUUAGAAAUUAAUGGUUAGACUAUUUUAGCUUACCAUAAAUUCCAUUAUUAUCAUAAUUAUGUUUUGGUUGGUGUUAUUUAUUAUUUAAAGAUGUUAUUCGUCAUUCAUAAAAAAUAAAGUGCAUUGUAUAC